CGCGCAGGUUAGCUUCGUCCCCUUCGUAACAGGAGCCGCAGUACGCCCUGUGCGUCCUGCGCCGAUCCCGCACCUGUAUCCCUUUCAUCAAACCCGUCUCUUCCUCUCUUCUUUCUUCCUCCGCCCGCUUGGAUUUGGAGAGCUUCCAUGGCAGCAGCUGCUAGGGUUUCGGAGAUGGAGAAGAUGAGCCUCGAUCAGCUCAAAAGCCUCAAAGAGCAAUCCGAUCUGGAAGUGAAUCUGCUCCAAGACAGCUUGAACAAGAUCCGAACCGCCGCUACUCGUCUCGAGAUCGCAUCCACCGCUCUCCAAGACCUCUCCCUCCGUCCUCAAGGGAAGAAAAUGCUGGUUCCUCUGACAGCAUCUCUCUAUGUACCUGGCACGCUCGACAGCUCCGAUAGAGUCCUUGUCGAUGUCGGCACCGGAUACUUCAUUGAGAAAACGAUGGCUGAAGGUAAAGAUUAUUGUGAUCGGAAAAUCAACCUGCUAAAAUCAAACUACGAUGAGCUUGUUGAGGUUGCUUCCAAGAAGAAAAAUGUGGCAGAUGAAGCCGGAGUAGUCCUACAGGCAAAGCUGAGGCAAGCAGCUUCAACACCAUAAUGGAACAAAAGGGUACCGUGGUGUGUAACCACUGAUUCAAAAUUUUGGAAACCCAAGUCUAUCCAUGAAGCCGUUCUGCUGAAUCAAAAGGCCUUCUGUUUGGUUUUUCUCUUUCCCUGUUUGGGGUUCAUUUUAUCAUUUCGUGAGGAGUGCUAAUCUGUUUAGAGAAGCAAUGAAGAUGUUACAUUUAAGGGACCAUGGUUAAAACCGGAAUUUCCUUGAGAGAAGGGGAAGAAAUGGCGGUGUUGUAAAUUCUCUCUUUGAUGGUAGUUAGCUAACGUAGGAUGUAUUUAUGAUUGCUGAAUUAUAUGAUGUGGCCCACAUCUUUGCACA